CAUUUGUUACUCAACAAGGGUGAGUGUGGGUGGUCCUAUAGAGGCCACACAACCAAACUAAACUUAUCCCAAGGCAAAGAAAAAAGAGCAUACAAAAGAUAGAAAAAGUUCUCAUAGAUUGUUGCCAAAGUCAUGUCUCCUUCCUCAUCUUCACCCUCUUCUACUCCUACUAUUACCACUCCAACUACUACAAAUGUCUUUGAUGUUGGAAAGUACACAACUCUUCUUCUGAGUGCUGAACCAAACACUUGCACCACCAAGUCUUCACUAUCUCUUCCCCCUCCAAAGCCCCUUUUGAUUGCCACACCAGAUGCAGCUGGUGAAUUCCCUCUUCUGCUCUUGCUUCAUGGCUAUCUUCUCUACAACUCUUUCUACUCUCAGCUCAUCCGACAUAUCGCUUCCCACGGAUUCAUCGUCAUUGCUCCUCAGUUAUAUACAGUGGCUGGACCAGACUCAACCGAUGAAAUCAAGUCCGCGGCUGCAAUAACAGACUGGCUACCAUCAGGACUCCACAAGGUGCUUCCAACCCAUGUUCAACCAAACCUAACCAAAAUUGGACUGUCAGGCCAUAGUCGCGGAGGCAAGGCUGCUUUCGCGCUAGCUCUAGGCAAAGUAACAACUCCAUCCUUAAAAUUUUCAGCCCUAAUAGGCAUAGACCCUGUUGAUGGCAUGGACAAAGGGAAACAAACCCCCCCACCAGUCCUCACUUACAUACCUCAUUCCUUUAAUCUUGACAUGGCGGUUUUGGUGAUUGGCUCGGGUUUAGGUGAAGUGAAAAAGAACCCUUUGUUCCCUCCUUGUGCUCCUAAGGGAAUCAACCACGAAGAUUUUUACAAGGAAUGUUGCGAACCAGCUUGUUAUUUUGUUGCUAAGGACUAUGGUCAUGUUGACAUGUUAGAUGAUGAGACCAAGGGGAUAAGAGGGAAGACAAGUUAUUGUUUGUGUAAAAAUGGCAAGUCUAGAGAGCCCAUGAGGAGGUUUGUUGGAGGGGUUAUGGUUGCUUUCAUGAAAGCUUAUUUGGAAGGUGAUUCAAGCUGCUUGGUGGGUAUCAGAUUUGGGCAUGAGGUGGCACCUGUGGAGUUUCAAAAAUUUGAUUUUCUUGAGUGAAAUUAUAUAGCACUUCGAUAGUAAGCAGAGAAAACUUGUUAUGCUUGGAGCUUGGAGAUGGAGAUCUUGCUAGUUUGUCAAUGAAACCUGAUGGGAAGAAGUUGGGCUGCUGGGGACUAUAUCACACUCAUUUUCUCUGCUGCUUGUUGCACUUGUAGCUGUCAAGGGUUAAAUAUGGUUUUGAAAAUAUGCACUAUGUUAUUUUGAUCCUCUAUAUUUUAAUUGUAUUAGUCCCAAACUUAUUCAAAUUAAAACUUUCACUGGUGAAUAGAAAUAAAACUGAGCACAAACUUUGGAGACCAGUAGCUUUCAAUGGUGAAUAGAAAUUGUGAUUACUUUUUAA